AUAAAGGCAGAGCUCGGGGAGGCGGGGCGGAGGGGCCAGGAGGGCGGGGCGCCCGCCCCCAGUCGCGCUGUCGCCGCCCAGCCCGGCCCAAGCUAGCGGGUCUCGCGGAUCGCUGGCCAAGCACGCUGGAACACCCCCAUCCCCGCAGCGGCACCCCCACUUUCCAACCCCUGCGGCGCGCGCGGAUACAGCUGGCCCGGAACGCAGGCAAGACACUAGGCGCGGGGCGCGAAGAACCCGGUACUGGCGCGGGAUGCGGACGCAAGGCCUCUCCUUCUGAUGAAAAGAGAAGGGAAGGAUGGACUACACGCACCAAACUGCCCUAGUCCCGUGCGGACAAGAUAAAUACAUGUCCAAGAAUGAACUUCUCCUCCAUCUGAAGACCUACAACUUGUACUAUGAAGGCCAGAACCUGCAACUCCGACACCGAGAGGAAGAAGAUGAGUUCAUUGUGGAGGGGCUGCUGAACAUCUCCUGGGGGCUGCGCAGGCCCAUUCGGCUCCAGAUGCAGGAUGACCAUGAACGCAUUCGUCCCCCUCCGUCCUCCUCCUCCUGGCACUCUGGCUGUAACCUGGGCGCACAGGGCACCACCCUGAAGCCCCUCACCGUGCCCACCGUUCAGAUCGCAGAAGUGGAUGUACCUGCUGAAAGCAGUGAGCUACCCAGCCCCACAGACUCCAGGGGCCUGAAGCCUGUGCAGGAGGAUACCCCACAGCUGAUGCGCACACGCAGUGAUGUUGGGGUGCGUCGCCGGGGCAAUGUGAGGACAUCCAGUGACCAGCGGCGAAUCAGGCGCCAUCGUUUCUCCAUCAAUGGCCAUUACUACAACCACAAGACAUCAGUUUUCACACCAGCCUAUGGCUCUGUCACCAAUGUCCGAAUCAACAGUACCAUGACUACCCCCCAGGUCCUGAAGCUGCUGCUCAACAAGUUUAAGAUUGAGAACUCAGCAGAGGAGUUUGCUCUGUACGUGGUCCAUACAAGUGGUGAGAAGCAGAAACUGAAGAACUCUGACUACCCCCUGAUUGCCCGCAUCCUCCAGGGUCCAUGUGAACAGGUCUCCAAAGUCUUCCUAAUGGAGAAGGACCAGGUGGAGGAGGUCACCUAUGAUGUGGCCCAGUACAUCAAGUUUGAGAUGCCAGUCCUGAAGAGCUUCAUUCAGAAACUCCAGGAGGAAGAGGACCGCGAGGUGGAGAAGCUCAUGCGCAAGUACACUGUGCUUCGGCUAAUGAUUCGGCAAAGGCUGGAGGAGAUAGCAGAGACCCCUGAGACAAUCUGAGCCAUAGGAACCAGGGGACUCCAGACACUCCCCGGGCUGCCGCUGACCUGAGAAGCCCCGUGGGAAGCAACCCCCCAAAAGUCAGCAUCACUUCUUGGAGUAGGACACAGAAGCGGCAGACGGCUCCGAAUCUCCGGAUCCCUGCCUCCUUUGUUUCAUUCUUAGGAGCUCUCUUUCACAUACCUGCGUGUGUGUUUGCACUCACGUACCUGAUGUGUAUGGGGGCACACACACGUGUAUACAUACAUACCCUUAUUCUGUCCAUAUGCUUCCCUGAUGUUUUCACAUGCAAUUAAAUGCCAAGCAGCCAGCACGGGUGCCACGAGGCUGGCAGACAUACUGCUCCUGGGCAGGAAGAACAGGGAAGUAGCUAAGGCGUUUGCCUCUUCCAGUACCAACGGCAGUCACACAUAUCUGCCAUGUUUAAAGGGAUGCGGCAGGCUCACCAUUUGGGAUGCCUGAAGGUUUGUGGCAGAGACUCUGUCCAUUUGUCAAGAAGGAUGGGUGACAGUGAUAUCUUUGGGAAUUAGCGACCUGACAGUUCAAGGCCUUUGGGGCAAGUCCAGUGACAUGGAAAAGUGAGGUCACUGCAGGGCAGAUGCAAUGAGUCUGUGAGUUUUUGCACUGGGAAGGUUAUCGUUGGAGAAAGCACAAUGAAGAUCCUGUCCUAUGUGGACACCUGGGAAGGAUGGAUCCUGCCUCUGUUCUUGACUUUUGGACAUUUCUGGGUGUUGCCACUCCGGUCCUUGGUGUCCUCCCUGGCUUGAAGACAAAUCUUGUGAAACUAAAGGGUCUGGAGUGAAUGUGACUCCAACCUGCUCAUGUGCCAGGGCUAGGUGUGUACUAAGAUAAACGACAUUCAGAAGGGGAAGAUAGAGGGCACCUGCUGAAAUGACAUUCCUUUAAGCCCUUGUGCAUAGCAUAUCAGUAGGAGUCGAGCCCACGUGGAGUUGGGGCUUUGUGUUUGAAGCCAAAAUGUAUUCUUUCUGUCUCUGCACACUUGCAAGCUCCUCCACCUUGUACAAGGAGAGGGAUUCCAAGAAUGAUGACUUGUUUUGGUUUUGAUUCAACACAGGGAUCAAGGGAGUUCUUUGGGGGCGUCCUGUGAAGUGUGGCCAGAGAGGAUGGUUCUCAAUUAGCCAAUGAACAACCUCAUUGGAAGAAUGGGUGUGGAUGGCUCUGUACCCCCUCCAUUAGGGAAACUGUCAUGCAGCUGGCCACCUGUGUGGCUUGUACCAUUUGGGGUGGGACAAAUAGAUGCUGGGAGCUUGCUGCUUGUCUAUGAAACACAACCAGGCAAGAUGAGCAGCCCGUAACUCAGGCAUCUCUAAGCCUUGCUGCAGUAGAGAGCUGUUCUCAAGAAAGCUCUAGAAGUGUAGCAGCUGAGGGAGUGAGGGCCCCUGACCAGUGUGCCUUUUAAGGAAGGUGGACCUCUCUAGUAGACCUGUUUCCAUCUAGGUAUGUUGCUGUUUUCUACCUGCUUUAGAAGGUCUCAUUGGGGGCUUUCAAAUGCUGGCUUGUGGACAGCCAUUUUGCUGGAUAUUAGUUAGCAACCUAGCUCCUCUGCUAGAACAGCACCAUGCAUCCCAUGAGCCCUGGGAUGGAAACCCAGAAGCCCUUAGUCCCAAUCAUACUCUCCAAUGGACAUCAGCAAAGCACAAAACUAGGGACAGCAGAUGUCUCAUCCCUUAUAAUCGUAAACUUCAUUGGACUUCAGGAAAACACAACUCAGCAGGGGGCUGGGGGCCCUUUUAUUACAGAUAAGGAGAAGCUUUGUGGAUGAAAAUAUGUAAGAAAAUGAUUCGGACAAUUUCCCUUCCAGUUAUUUUUAUCUUGAAUGUUUAGAGCCGAUUCUGCCCCAUAAUUCUCCUUUGGGAGGUAGGGGGCUUUCCACAGAACACUAUCUCUUACUGGAAGGGGGUGUCUGGUUUAUAAAGGUUCUUUGUGAUCAUGUUAAUAUGUGACUGUUGCAGGGUUCGGGUUGCCAGGUUCUCCAAGAAGGUGUUGCCAAGGUGAUGACUUUUAAAGUGUGGGUUCCAGAAAGAGCCGGGGUCCAUCUCCACUAAUUCAUCUUGGCCUGUCCCUUAGAAUCAUUUCUUACAUCCAAAUAACUGAACAAGAAUUUUAGGAACUUGGCUGGGGCUGUGACGCAAUAGAGCACUUAGCGCGUGAGAAGCCAACUUCAAUCUCUACUAUCACAAAAAAAAAAAAAAAAAGAGAGAGAGAGAAAGAAAAGAAAAAGUAAAAAGAAAGACAGUGUGUGUGGUCCAGUGGCAGGGGGAUUACUUAGUGUGUUAGGGCCUGGGUUCUAACUUCAGCACCAAGAGCCACCCCACCCCAUGAAUUCUGGAACCCUUUAAAAUGGCUGCAUCUAAACAGGCCUCUACAGUGGCGGCUGGAUUUUCUCACUGGUGUCGCUUAGCCUCGAAGCUUUCAGCUCCAAGACUGAUUUGUGUAGGUUUAUGUAAUUGUAUGCGACGAACCUGAAAUCCUGAGGAAUAAAAGGCGAACGCAUGGGGGACGGGGUUAAUCCCGCUUGUGAAAAGCGCUUUGGCUGCAUCCAGACUCCUUUUUCCUCAGCAAAGGCUUAUGUUACACUGUGCUGAAGAGAACAGCAGACUCUAAGUGGGGUGGUGAAAUCAGGCACCGGCUCACGUUCUCAGUGAUCACAUUUGUGGGGAGGCAAUGGCUCAACGCAGGUGGAGGUGUUAGUUGGAAAGGGGCCCAAAGCACAAAUACCAGCCUGCGUGUGUUACUGGUGAAGGGCACACGGCUAACACUGGACGGACUGCAGCUAAGGCUGGGGGAGAGCCUCAAGGGACAGUACCAUGGCCCAAGGCCAAGAUGUUGCUCUGAGAUGAGCUGAUACUUUUGGGAAGAAAUAUUUGCACCCAUCUCCUUUCCUAAGCGUUUCUAAAGACUUCCAGAUAAGGAUAUUUUAUAUUUUUAUCUGUGGCAUAUGAUGAUCUUCCAAAAUCUGUUGUCCCUGCAAAAAUCUUGGCAAGGAUUGUGUUUUUCAUGUUUGUUUGGUGUCAGGAGGGUAGAUGGCAAGAAGCGCUCAAGAAAUGCCAGCUCUUAUAAGACGACAAAAACAAUAAAACCUCAAAAGGAAAGCCAUAUUUUAUUGGAAGCUUUGUACCACGGAGAACUUGGAGAUCAGACAUACAUUUCCAAGAAAGAAAUAUGGCACUGACCAGAGGAGUUUUAGUGUGCCCAACGUGAGGGAGGAGACAGAAGGCUGCCCUGAGCUCACUCCCACAGUUUGGAAGUUUUAACUUGGGUUGUUCUCUCUCCUUCCAGAUGAGAGAACGUCAUGAGAAUAAACUCACUCACUGGGGACAUUCCUUCUUUCAGACAGAUUGAAAGUGUUCAAGUCUUGGAAUACACGACACCCCCAUUCGCCUCCCAUCAUUCCCCCAAACUUGCCUCCCAUCACCCCCGCGGAGGGGGGGGGACGACCGUUCCCAUUGAACUGAGAACUGAGGUGCUCAACUGUGAACUUUCAGAAAAGCCUCAGUAUCCGGGCUGCUGGCUCCUGGGGUUCCUUCUAGUGUUCCUUCUGUUUCCCUCUUAGUUGUGUGCAGUUGUAUGCAGUUUUUCUUCUUUGUCAUAACUUGCCUGUUAGGAAUGGUACAUGACUUAGUUCAGCCAUUGGGUCUGAACUAAUAGAUUGCAUAGGCAUCUUAACAUUUGAUGAGGCCUCUGUGGGAACCCAUGGGUUUGUAACCUUUUUUUUUUUUUUUUUUUUUUUUAAUUUUAAAUGAACCCGACUUAGACCUUAUUUAAAUAAAACAGAAUUGAUUAAUCUUUUUUUAAUUAUAUCAAUCAAUUAAUUGUAUGUGUAUGGGCAUUUUGUCUUUAUCGCUAUAUGGGUACCCUGUACAUGCCUGGUGCCUUCAGAGGCCAGCAUGUUGGGUGAAGUUACAGAUGGUUGUGAGCUGCCCUGUGGGUCCUGGGAAUCCAACCCACCUCCUCUGGAAAAGCAGCCAGUGCUCUUAACCACUGAGCCAACUCUCCAGCCCUGAUGGAUCUUCUAAAUGAUAGCUUCCAUCCUGACUUUUUGGAUAUGACACUAAAAGACACAUGCAACAAAAACAAAUACCUGGAACUCUGUAUGACUACAUGGAGCUGAAAAGCUUUCCCGCAGCAAAAUGAAAAGAUGUCCCACAGGACAAGCAGAGAUAUUUGCAAAACGCAUAUCUGACAAAAGGUUAGUGUCCUGAGUGUCACUCCCCAGGUCUUGGCUCUGAAUGUUCCCUGUUAGUCACUAAGCCUCCCUGAGUUGCUAUGGUCCCCCUACCCACGCUUGUAUAACUGCCUGGGGUCAACAGUACCAAGGCCGAACUCCCCAGGCUUCUGGAAGGGUGACUGAUGCCAAGAUUGGUACAGAAGGAACAGGACAGCGUGGGUGUGGCCAACUAAUGGAAGAUAAUUAAUGUCUCAGAGAUGUCUAGGGUAUAAUUUUGGGAAGAAACUGUUGAGAACUCCCACACAUACCAAAUAACUGUCUGGUACAUUCAAAAGCUUUGAUCCAAAAUCAUCCUAAGUAAAGAUGUAAAGAUAAGGACUUUAUAUGAGAAAUAUAAUUUUGGUUAAAGUUCCAUAACCAGAUUUUGGCAGUAACACAAUUGCCACAAAAAUCAAGUUGUUUGGCCCAAAGUUCUUGAACAAGGAAAAUUAGAAGUAACAAAAUCUAUGACCCAUUAAAAGAAGCCAGAAAGUGUAGGCUGAGUUUAAAAUACUCUUAAUAGUCUAGAGGUGAGUCAGAGGAAACAUUAAAUGAAUCUUCAAAGUUGCUAAAAUAAUGAAAAUGUAUAAAAUAUAUUGUAUUUCUAGGUAAGGAUCUAAUAAAAGAUUAGAAAAUAAAAUUGAAGAAUGGAAAGAUAUACUUUAAUAGAUUAGAAAUGUGGCAGGCAGGCUGGAGAGAUGGCUCAGAGGUUAAGACAUCUUCCAGAGGUCCUGAGUUCAAUUCCCAGCAGUGGCUCACAACUAUCUAUAAUGAGAUCGGGUGCCCUCUUCUAGCCUGAAAGCAUAUAUGCAGACAGAACACUGUAUGCAUAAUAGAUAAAUCUUAAAAAAAGAAUGAAAUGUAACAGGCUCCCUAAAUUUAUCUAUAGACUUAGGUAACCUCAAUACAACAAGUAGGUUUUUUAGGCCUUUUAUGAUAAUGGUUCAACAAAAAUUAUAAACAGAAAUGGUAUUCAGCCAUUACAAGUGUUAUUUAAACACUGAUGUUAGGCUAUUGUGCCGGUGAGCUUUGACUGUCAGCCUGAUGCAAACUAGAUUUAUCUGAGAGGAGAGCCUCAACUGAGGCAUUACCUGGAUCAGCUGAUCUAUGGGUGCAUCUGUUCAGUGUUGCUCUGGUUGUUAGUUGAUGUAGGCUGGCCCAGCCCACUGUGGGCCUUACCAGCCCUAAGCAAGCAGCUUGAGCUGUACACAAAGAUAGCUGGAUGGAAGGCAGCUUUUGAGCCAGCUAGCAAGCUGCCUCCCUGAAUCCCCCAUGCCCCACCUCGCUCCCUACUGAUCGUUGGCUGUGAAGAACUUUGCUCUGUGGAAUAGCAAGCAGGUCUGCCUGCAAGACCCCACCUUGGGUCCUGUCUUGACUCCCCACAAAGAAGCGUUGUGGUCAGGAAUUGCACGCUGAAACAAACCCUUUUCUCCCCUGAAUUGCUUUUCAUCAGCGUAUCUGUCCCCGAAACAGAAAUGAAACUAGAACAGUUAUCAUGUAAACUAGGGGAAAGCAUGCUUGAUAGGAAUGCAAGCAGAUAUGCAAAAGUCCGUGAAAACAAUGGCCUAGUGGUGGAGUUAUGUUUUAUUUACGCUUCUAUUACAUUUAAAUUUCUUGUUUACUAAGUUCAAAGACCACUCUGUGCUCCCCCAUCCCACAUGGACACCUGAGCCCCGAGCUAUGAGUUCCAGAACCGAUGAGAGAUGGGAUGGUGGCAGUAUGAUUAUUUCUGGGCUGUAGCUGCAAUAGUCUUGCCAGUGUAGUUGUGUUAGUGGCCAUACCCUUUGGUCAUGGCUUCAGUUACUGCCUAACCAGAAGGCAGGAAAGCUUGGGGCUUCCUCCCUCCCUCCCUCUCUCUCCCUCUCUCCCCCCCCCCCUCUCUCUCUCUCUCUCUGUCUCAUGUAGAGGAUCGGAUUGGAAGGGCAGAGAAAGGUUGUGGUGGUUCUUUAUUAUCAUCUGUGUAAGUUGUUCCCCAAUAAAAACCUAUUUAUCAUUUA